AGUAACAUCACAAACAUGACAGGUAUCUUUACAAUAUGUUAACUAUCUAUCACAUUAAAACACCCACCUUUCCUGUAAUAGAACAAUGGAACCAGAUGUACAAAGUCUGAUAAAUGGAAACUGAAUACGACUUGAAAAGGUUCGUCUGCAGUGUUCAGUAUUUCAGAUGUGAUUUCUGUUUGUCUUUUGUUGCCAAGGAUAUCCAUUGUGGUUGGUUACGUUAGCGCAGGUAGCAGGUGCGGUAUAAGUGUGUCCGUACUUGCUGAUCGAGUCGCGGCUGCUGCACUAUAGGCAAGGCAAGAUUACCUACAAUCCAAUAUAUAAUAACGAAAAUUUACAUGCACUUAUAUAUAUUUACAUGAACGUUUUGGCAGGGACACCGCAACAGCUAUAGCUAUGGUUGCCAAUCACUGCGUGCCAAUUAAUAUAUUACAUAAACUGCAGGCAUUUAAAUAAAUCACUUAUUAUAGCAAACUAACUACUAACACUUAAAAUAAGCUUUAGUCGGUCAGCUUUCAGCAAUCAUUCAGGGCAUUUUUUUAACUAUAUAUCUACGGAGGCAUUUACCCCAGUAGUGAGGCAAGAUUCUCAGAUGAACUGGGCCCUUUUGAUCAUUAGUAAAAAGUAAACCAUGUUGAAAAAGCUGCAUCAGCCUGCUUUCUCAUAUCCUCUCACAUUCUCGACAUUCCAUCUUAUAAAAGUCAAGAAAGGAAAGAAACUAAAAUAUUUGAGUGACACUGAUUAAAAACUAUUAUUUAUUACAAAUUUCGUCAUUAAAACUUUGUUUUGCGGCCCAAUCUCUCAAUGGUCAGUAUAGUAAUGUAUAUUAUUGUAAAAAUAUGUCAUGAAAUAUUAAUUUUAAAAUGAAAUUGACUUGCCUAUUUGAUAGUUUGUAUUCUCCUUUUAUUACUCUUUUGUUGGACUAAUAUUUUCCGUGACUUUGGAUUUCAUUUUAAAUUUUAUAUUUUAUGACAUAUUUUUACUAUAAUAUUUAACAAUUAUUCACCGAAGGCGAGGUGAUUAUCGAUUUAUCGGUGCAUAAAAAUCGAGACAAAGUCGAGGUUUUUAUUCAUGGUAAUCACCGAGCCUGAAGUAAAUAAUUAUUUUUGUAUAUUUUCAUGGGUGAUUAUUUGGAAAAAAGUAAAAAAUACACAUUUCUUCGUCAUUUAAUUGAUAAAACGGCUUCGGCCGCCAUUUCGAAAAUCGCUUAGGUGAUUAUCGCGUAGUAAUCACCUCAACGGCAACCAACCGGCGUGGAGAAUCUUCAAUAAUCACCUAUGUAAUUAUACUAAACAUUAUUAUACUGACCCUUGCGAGAUUGGGCCGCCUGUGUUUUGAGAAGCUGAGAUUUUUUAAAAACGUGUUCUCAGAAUGCAGGAAAUGCUAUUUUAGAGACCCAAAUUUUAACAAUUUCCUGGGGGGGGGGGCAUACCCCAGAUCCCCCUAGCUAACUCAUGCCUGCUGUACUCGGCUCACACCUUCAGCGAUCGCAUACUAUUCUGUGGGGAGCGCAAAGAAAAUGGGCCUUUUGGCAGUUUUGCCCCACCACUGAAAAAUCCUUAAAAAAUGCAGUGCAAUCAUUUCUCAUCAGGACUUGUAGAAUAUGGUACACUCUUGUAGAUCAACUUAAUUUUGACACGGACAGCUUAAUUAGUUUUUUUAAUCCGUCUCACAGAAAUAUUAUUAUUUAUUAUACCCUUUUUGAAAUCAAUGGUGUUUCCUGCAAUCUGAUUGGUUUACAGGAGUGUGAUUUCAGCACGAAAUACGAAUCACACUCCUAGCAGUGCGAUUCGAGCUGAAAUCGCACCUUCUUUCAACCAAUCACAUUUGAGUGCUGACUUCAACCAACCAAUCAUAUUUAAUCAUAGGAUUCAAACAGUCAAUCAAUUUUAAGAAAAAUGUGAUAUGGCAAAUGAGCAAAAACAAAACAUUUACAUAUGUCAUGAUUACCCUUGAGUGCCUAUUGCCUAAGCAAUUUUUCAAUGGCACAUAAUAACAAAAAAAUAUGGAUAGCUACAGUAAGCUAUCAAAGAAUUGCAAAGAAUUUGAAAUUUUUUGAAAUUUCUCAAAUAGUAAACAGUGUCAGGCAAAAACGUCAACAAACCGAAUUUCAUAUAAAGCGUCAGGGAAAACAAAGCUCGAAACAAAGAUAAAUUCACUUAUCGUAUUCAGUCCAAUUUUAACGCACAAAACUGCACCAAAACUCUUUCAAAUCACUCGUAAAACCUACAAUAUGUUUAAAAUUUCUUGUGUUGUCUCUUAUUCUUUAUAAAUGUCUUCAUUUCUUUAAUAUGUUAACCAUUUUUGCAGCAAAACUGUAAUAACUAUUGUUUAUUUUGUUCAUUUUGUUCGCUUAUAUUGUUGCUAUGCUACACUGACAGCACUCAGGGAGGUAUGGAGGUGUGUCUUUUGCAAACAAAAACGUAGCGAAUGUGAGCAGACUUUAGGAGGGGUCUCAGCCACUAACAACGUCUGCGCAGUAGGCUAGGUUAGUGCUAACCAUGGGUUAAAAUUUAACCUGCUGUUUUAGUUUUGGUACAUUUGCACAUCUGUUCAUUUCAAAAUUUUAGAAAAUAAUUAUUGAUCCAGACAUGAAUUUUAGAAAACUAUCUUUAUGUUUCUAAACAGGCUGUUGGGAAGACUGCUUUGAAAUUUGCGUUAACCCAGAGUAAAGCUGGCUGCUUUUCAACAACCGGCCCUUGAUUGACACUGAUAAAAAUCUAAUAAUUAUAGCUAAAAUUACGGAAAAUUUAAACAAGCAAUUCAAUGCUUCGUUAACCCAAACGAAAAUCGUGAUGACUAAUGAAUGACUAAUGUUCGGAAAAUUUGUGAUGUUGGGCCAUGAAGCCCCCACCCCCCAGCUCGCUAGCCAACAAUUUUGGGAAAGAAAUGCUAAUUAUAAAGCGUUUGAAAUUAGUAGGCAAUAUCUUACUUACACCCCAACUCCAACAUUUGGGUGGGGCUGUCGCCGCCCCUGAGUACACGAUGAUUUUUAUGUACACAUAACUGAGUGGAGAAGGGGCCCUCAUUGGGACUUAGCCCCAGUAGUUGUAAUUUCUUAAAUAAUUCCCUGGACAGUACUGCUGGGGGACACUAUCAACUGUGACACUGGCUAGCUGGGAUAAAUUGUGUCGCGAUUUUUUUCCUGUCGAUAAAAGAUCGUUCCAUAUUCACCUUAUACUUUUACUGGAAUCCAACUAAAAAAAUCAACUUUGAAAUGUUAUUUUGGAUGUUUAUCUCAGUCAUGAUGAUAAGAGAUUUAAAUAGAAUCAUCCCGACUAACUGGACCAGCCCAGCUGCUUAUGAACAGCCCGUUGAGGUCAGCAGCGAUAUACUGUAUAGCUAUAAAUAAUUUUUACAUCUCCAUGCCAACAGUUUAUGUGCAACUUUAACUAUAAUUAUUUGCUGUCAAAGUGGUGCAAUAUACAUGCAAUUGGGAAAGCGUAAACUUGCUGUAACAAUUUUUUGUUUUGCUUCGGUUCAUGAAUUGUUGGUUGUGCAUGCACAUGGCAUGAUGUUGGCAGCUGCUCAGCGCUAGGGGGUGUAGUUGAAUAUUGUUCCCAACAAUCGUUUAUAUUGAUUGUGUAUUUAAUUCAUUAGUGCAAAACAUUGUGUUCAAUUAUGUUAUGCCGCAAAGAAUUCCAACUGACAUGUUAUGCAAUGAAGCAUAUCCUCCAACGUUAACAUGCAAGAUUGCACGACAUUUACAGAAUGAAUUCCGUGUGCGGGACGAUGUCUUCUCGUUCAUAUAUAGCGUAUCCUCAUCGCAGGUUUGACUUUUAUUCAAAAUUUUCAUGCAAGUCCAACAGUCCGCUUGUACCAAUAAUGUUGGAGGAUGUUGUUAAACUGGCUUUCAUACUGGUCGGAAUUCGCAUAUAGCCUAUUUGUAGAACAAUCAACAAUCUCUUAAUUUUGAAUUAGAUUUUAGCUUAUUUUAUCCUAGCUUCAUUUUCUCAAUGCAUACAAUUCAGUCCAGUGAGUCCACGACUGUAAUUUGUAAUUUGUGACUAUCAACUACUACAUAUCCGGAUGAUUUUGGAGUCAGUGAAUGAACUUGAGCAAAGUUGUCGUACCACGCACAGGUCUAAAAUUGGGAACAAACUUGGAAAGUUUAACAGGCAACUUCGAAUUAAAUUAAAACAUUGACUGUGCAUGAGUUAUGCAUUCAUUUAAUUUGCUUAUAUGACUAUAUAAGAGUGUUAGUAUCUUGUGGGAUAACGAUAACAAAUAUUUAAAAUUGUGCUUAUGUCUGCACAAACAUUUAAUCAUGCAUUAUAUAGGUCUCCGUAUCUGUAUAUGGAAUAUUUUAACCAAUUUAAUAUUAAUGAUGCUCUUCGAAAAUCUAACUAUGCAGUAACUGCAGUACGUGUGAUGCAAUACUGGCUGACAUUUGUAUAUCAAACAAAGUUGAAUAUCUCUGAAAUUACGUGUCAUAGGCACUUUAAUUAAAGCGCGCGCAAAAAUGAAAGUGAAAUAUAAAUAACCAGGACUUAUUCGCUCUUACCCUAAAGAUCUGUUAAAUGCAAGUCUGCCUCUCAAAGGGAUUUUUAUUCAUCCCAUUUUUCUCCUCUGGCGCCCGCUCGAUUUAAAAUUCUCCCGGAUCCGCACUUUAUAAUCUCGAAAAGAAAACUCUUUGACAUGCAUGCAGGCAGACUUGGAGCAGGUCUACUCUUAUAGCGGUCAUUCAUGCAGCCUCAUAUAAACAUGGUCACCGCGCGAGAUUUACUUAAUAUUGUUUUAGCGCAACGUUGUCUUAGUGGACGAGUACUGUUUUUCUCAGCACAUAUCUCGACUUGACUUGCAGAUUUUUAUGUACAACGCAGCUGCUAUUCACCACAGGCAAAUUAU